AUGGACGGGAUUCUUGCAGCGGUUCCAUCUGUAAUGUGUGGUGUCUCUCUACGCAGUUCUUGUCGGAACAGGGCCAAUGCUGCUGAAUCCAGACAUCGUUCCUUAGGAAAUUCCCCGAAUCCAAUUUCAGUGCUUCAAAUUGGGAAUUGCGUUUCUUCUCUCUCGAUUUAUCCUUCUCAAAAAUGCAAUCCAAAGCGACAUUAUGGUGAACCCUCGCGAGUAAUCGUAAAAUCCGCCGCUUCGUCAGUUGGAAAUGCAGACGAGUACGCCGAAGAACCAGCUACAAGCGUCAAGUUUCAGAGAUCAGUGACAUUACCUGGUUGUUGUAGCCCGCUCUCGUUGCUUGGCACUGGGUUUAGGGAGAAAAAGUUUGCUAUCAUCGGUGUCAAAGUCUAUGCUGCGGGUUUUUACGUGAAUGAAUCUAUCCUUACGGAGUUAAGCGCUUGGAGAGGGCGAUCUUCUGAUGAGAUUCAAAGAGAUUCAUCACUGUUUAGUUCCGUUUUUCAAGCUCAAGAAGAGAAAUCGUUGCAGAUUGUUCUUGUGAGAGAUGUUGAUGGUAAGACCUUCUGGGAUGCACUCGACGAAGCCAUAUCGCCGAGAGUCAAAUCUCCGUCUUCUGAUGACAAAACCGCUCUCUCUACAUUCCGUGGGAUCUUCCAAAACAGAUCUCUCAACAAAGGAAGUGUCAUACUCUUGACUUGGAUCCAUCCUUCUAAAAUGCUUGUUUCUGUUUCGUCUGGAGGAUUGCCAACGGAAGUGGAUGCAUCGAUCGAGUCAGGUAAUGUAACAUCUGCUCUGUUCGAUGUGUUCUUUGGGGAUACUCCUGUUUCUCCUACAUUGAAAUCUUCUGUGGCUAACCAAAUUGCCAUGAGCCUUAAGUAA